AUGGCAAAUACUGCAAUCACCCCAAGCUACAUGCUCUCACAGAUAUCCUUUAUACCUGAGGUAUCUAAGACUCAGCUCUCCCCAGUCCCUAAGGUUCAAGAUGUCGACAUCAGACCGGAGGAUUCCAAUUGCGAUGACGCCCUCGCGGAUCGUGGCUCGUGGCAUAGCAUCCGAGCAAUGGAAGCGGAUGCUGGAGGGAGUCAAAGUGCUCUAUCUCCAGCGACAGUACAAGCAGUGUGCUGCCAGGGCGACGGACUUGCUCAAGUCUGCAAAGGAACCUACCAGGUCCAUCCAGUGUACAAAACAUACCUGUGCUUCUACAGCGCCAUCUCGUACGAAAUCCUCGGUCGAGCAGCCCACAAGUAUUCGAGCAACAAGCUGCCUCUGCUUCGCCUGGCGCAGGACUAUUUCCUUUCCUGCAGCUCGGUCUUGCCAUCUGCGAUCCCUGUGCUGGAAGCGGCUGACGACUCAGACAGUCCCCCCUCCUCCUCGACGGAUGCGUCUUCCUUGUCGUGUUUCUCCGCCUCGGUCUCUGGGUCUGGGUCUUCUUCCUCGGACGGCUCGACAGAGCAGCUGGUCAACGAUCUCACGCGGAUCAUCGAGCGAUCCCUCAGCUGCACCAUGGACGACCCGUUUGUCUCGCCCCAAAAGAUGCAUCCCAGCCGGACGGUCGUCAUCCCCGUGGAUCCCGAGAGAAAAGCCCUGCAGCCGUCUCCGCUGAAGAUCAGAAAGUCGACCAACAGUCUCCGCCGUGUCGCGCAGCUGGCCGUGGCGACGACCUCUCCUGCGCCGCUGGCACCCAUUUCUGCCUCGCGUCUGAACGUCGGGGGUUCUCGAGCUCGUCGCCCUCCGCCUCUUCCUAUCAAAAUCGUGCCGUGCAGUACUCCACAGAAAACACAGUCGGUGGCUGCUAGUACCAGUGAGCAUACACCUGAGCAGACGAAGAGUGUCCAACUGUACAACAGCUGCAUCGAGUCGCUGCGCGGGCAGGUCACCGCGAGCAUCGCGUCGGUGCAGAGACUCAUCGGCGAGACGGACGAGCUGCAGCGCCUCCGCCGGAUGGCCACGCCCAACCGGUCGACUUCCUUCUGGAGCUUCAGUCCGAUCAAAGACGAGGCGAGCCGGGAGGAGGUCAAACCUCUGCCCUGUGGCCAGGAGACGAUGGAGCAGCGGAUCGCUCGUCUGCGGGCAGAAGAAUGGCAGACGGUGGGAUUGAGGUCGCGGCAGCGCGCGUGGAAGGGGGCGGAGUACUACAAGGCGUUCUGUAGCAUGGUUUUGGAUGAGCUGUACCUGGAGUAG